AUGUUUCGACUUUUAUUUUUUAUCAAUUUUUUAUUUUUUGUUUCGUCAACAUCCAAAGAAUCGAUACACAUUAUCGAAGAUCUUCCUAUCGGUACGUCCAUAUACACAUUUUAUACAGAAGGUUGUAAAACAGAAAACAGUACCGGUACAUAUCGAUUUGUCGAUAGUCAAAAGAAUUCCAAUGAUUUUUUUCUUAUUGAUCCAUACACGGGACGUGUGACAACGAAAAAACUAAUUGAUCGUGAUGACUUUUGUCUUCGUCGAAUGUGUUCGUGUUCAAAAUGUGAAGUUACAUUAGAAGUCUUAUGUGUACAUACUGGACAAAUCUUUUUCAACGAUCUGUCCGUUAUCAUCGACGAUCAAAACGAUCAUGCGCCACAAUUUCCCAAAUCGUCAGUGACGAUCGACGUUUUAGAAAAUGUACCUGUCGGCUACGUCAUACCCAUCGAUGUAGCCAGCGAUCCGGAUUACGGAAAUAACUCCAUUCAAGGUUACAAACUUGUCGAAGAUAAUUCCACGGGUAAAAACUAUACCAAUCGAAUUCAACAAGCUUUUCAAUUAGACUACUCAAAGAAAAAUGAUUUACUGGCAUUACGUCUUAUGAAAGUUCUUGAUAGAGAAUUAUGUGAUUCAUUACAAUAUAUUAUCCAAGCUNACGUCAUACCCAUCGAUGUAGCCAGCGAUCCGGAUUACGGAAAUAACUCCAUUCAAGGUUACAAACUUGUCGAAGAUAAUUCCACGGGUAAAAACUAUACCAAUCGAAUUCAACAAGCUUUUCAAUUAGACUACUCAAAGAAAAAUGAUUUACUGGCAUUACGUCUUAUGAAAGUUCUUGAUAGAGAAUUAUGUGAUUCAUUACAAUAUAUUAUCCAAGCUUACGACGGAGGACAACCACAAGCACUUCAAGGCAAAUUAAAUAUUCGUAUUAAUAUUCUUGACGUUAACGAUAUGUCACCCAUUUUUGACCAAACAGACAUCCGUGUACUCCUGAGUGAAUCAACUUCCACUGGAUCACUUGUUGCGCGUGUGCAUGCAUUCGACGGUGAUACUGGUCUCAACGGUCUUGUUCAUUACACGAUCGUUUCAUUAGAUCCUCAAUCAAAUGGUACAUUCGUUCUGAAUAAAGAAACGGGCGACAUACGACUUGGAAAAAAACUCGACUAUGAAAAAGAGAAAUCUUUCCGAAUGAAAGUCAAAGCACAAGACAAUGGUCCACAACAAGGUUCGAUAGCAGCGUUUGCAACAGUUGAUAUCGAAAUCAAAGAUGAAAAUGAUAAUUAUCCAUUGAUAACACCAACAUUCAAUGACGAUCCAGUCUUAGGUAUUAAACAUGUACUGAAUAGUAGUGUUAUACAAAUUCGUGAAAAUACGCCUAACGAAACAUUUCUCGGUCAUAUCUCGAUCAGUGAUCUAGAUCAGGGUGACAAUGGCCGAGUCAGCUGGUCACUUGAGAGUAAUGGCACUAUAACUAGUAAAGAUUUAUUGAAUAAUGAAGCUUUUCUCAUGUUUACUCAACGGAUAUUUGAUCGUGAAGAACAAUCUCGGCAUGAGAUCUAUCUCGAAGCACAUGAUCAUGGCAAUCCAUCACUUUCUAAUACAUUGAAUUUUACGUUGGUUAUACUCGAUGAAAAUGAUAAUGCACCCAAAUUUGAACAGGAAUUCUAUGCGAUCAAUAUCUCAGAAAGAAUUCCACUUGGUAGCAAACUAUUUCACUUUUAUGCUACGGACAAUGACGAAGAGAAUACCCCAAAUAGUCAAAUUGAAUAUCAGUUUGCUAAUGAAACAAAUCAAACGAUCUUUUCAUUGAAUUCGACAACAGGUGAACUACACCUGAUUAAUCCACUCGAUCGAGAGGAACAAUCAUUCUAUGAAUUCGAUGUGGUCGCAUCCGAUCAUGGUCAACCAACGUCCUUAUCCUCGGUAGUUCAUUGCACAAUAAAUGUUUUGGAUAUCAAUGAUAAUUAUCCUGUCUUCGAUUUACCAGAAUAUCAUUUCGAAAUAGCGGAGACAUGGCCUAAACUUGCUCCGAUCGGUCAUGUUCAUGCAACUGACGCUGAUGAAUAUUACAGUGAUCUUCAUUAUACAUUAGUUAGUAAUGAAUCAACCAUAUUGGACGAAUGGCCAUUCGGAUUAACAAUGAAUGGGACAUUAUAUCUUAAAUCAACAUCUGCUGGUAUUGAUUAUGAACGUCGUUCAAUUUAUACGUUCUCGGUUAUGGCCGUGGAUAAUGGUGGUUUAAGCACGAAUGUUCCUGUCACAGUUCACAUUCGCAAUCGAAAUGAUUUCUGUCCUGAAUUAGUGAACAAUUCGACUGCUCUAUUCUUCAACAUCGAUCUCUGGAAUAAUAACUCAAGUGAAAACCAUACAAAUCAAUAUCAUUUGGAAAUCUUCGAUGGUGACAAUGAUACAUGUGUCAUUGAACUACUAAAUUUUCAAGAUAUAUUUCAAGUGGAAGAAAUGGAACGCAAUCAAUUUCUCCUAUAUGCAUAUACAAUGCCGGAACGGGAGUAUUACAUUCUCCAAAUUCGUCUUCGUGAUUUAGUUGGCGAGAACGAUCAACCAUGUAUUCAAACAAUUCAAUUAGUUUUAACAAUCGGUUCGAAUGAAACCAAUCAAACCGUCGCAUUAGACACCGCACGGGAAUACCUCGAAGCACUUCAUCUAACAUCGAAACGUACACAUUCAUAUUUUGAUCUAACAUUACUGAAUGUGAUCCUUCUAUUUGUUUUAUUAUCAAUCGCAAUCAUAGUUGCAUUAGUAGCAGUGAAACUCAUCUUUCUUUCAUCAUUAUCAUCUUCGUCGUCAUCAACAUCGUCAUCUUCAACAUCAUCAGUGACGUCUUUACGUCAUCGCCGACGACGAUUACAAAAACGAAAAUUACGAAGUAAUGGAAGUGGUACGGCUACAGGUGCGACUCUUUAUCGUCUACAAGGUCCGACUGAAACUCAAUUACCAUUGCUUGAAAAUGAACGUGGUGAACAUUCGUUAACGUCCUCAUUGAUCGAUGGAAAUAGUAAAUGUAUGCCAAAUGACAACAUCAAUCAUUCGAUUGAUGACGACGAACAAAAACAGCAUCUUCUCAAUCAAUUUAGUAGGCAUUCAAAUGAAUUCAAAACUUUCUCGAUCAAAUCAAGUGCGAAUGCCUACGAUAUCAUAGGUGAUAUUCAUUCUAGUGAACAGCAUUCGUUGACUACUUCAUCAUCAUCUUAUAAUCGCGUUCGAGACAGUGGUUAUGAAACAACAUCAUCAAGCGUUGAACAACAGCAACAACGUUAUUUUCCUCCAUCAAGUCCAUCGAAUGUUAGUCUCUCUCCUGAUGGUCAAUUGAUAACUGUGACUUAUUUUUCUUCGUCAAAUUCUUCUCAUCUUGAUUCGUCCUUAUCAUCAUCUCUAAAUGCAGUUCCACGAACCUUGAAAACAUUCUCUCAGAUGCCUGUAAUAAGUGCUUCAGGCAAAGAAUCCUCAACCACGAUGAAUGCUCAUCUUGCUGAACAGGAAAUCAUCGAAGUCUGA